AUGCCUUCUUCUAACCUCUGUGUAUUUGGAUGUAUCACGACGGGUGUCACCAUUCACAAGUUUCCAAACCCUAUGAAAUAUCCUGACAUAUUUAAAACCUGGGUUGAGUUAGCUGCCGAGACAAAUGAAGUCAUUUAUAAAAACAGAUAUGUUUGUGACAGACAUUUUGCUGAAAAUGUAAAAAACCGUAACAACCGCUUAAAUAAACUGGCUGUACCUACAUUACAAUUACCUAACACCCAAAUUGAUGUACCAGCAUGUGCACAACCAGCAUCAUCAAAGAGAUCCCAACCUACAGAUUAUGAUUGUCAUAUAACAACAAUUAACAAGGAUCAUUCAUACUGUAUGAAAGUGGGUCAAUCCAAUACAGCAAGAGUGCCUCUGUAUAAAGAAGGUGAGAGAAAUUUUUAUCAGGACAUAAUUGAUUUCAAUGAAGAAAAUUCUGCAGAUGAUAGUAUGGAAAUGGCUAAUUCAGGAGAUGAAGUUGAGUAA